GCUGAGCAGCUUCUACGGCGUGCUUUAAAAUUGGAUCCAGAGAAUGAGGAUGCCAGACAAGCGAUGUCUCAGCUCCCACCUGGCUAUGGAGAAGAUGAAGUUGAGCAGGACGAAGAAAAGGCUGCAGGCCUUGUAGGUCACGCUAGUAUCAAUGUUAGAAGGAAUACCUUUCAUCUCAUUUGA